AUGAGCAAAUUGCAUGUGAAUAUCAUUUCAAAAGAGAGAAUACUAAAAUCCUCCCCGACCCCUCUCCAUUCCCAAAGAUACAAUCUUUCUUUCCUCGAUCAAUCCGCUAUCCAAACAUACAUGCGUUUCAUCCUCUUUUACCCAAAUGUCGACGAUUUCAGCACCAAAAUCGAUCUUCUAAAGAGAUCGUUAUCUCAUACAUUGAAUGUAUUCUAUCCCUUCGCCGGUUACUUCGCCGGAGAAGAAAGCGCCGUCGUGGGUGGAGAUGAAUUUGGGGCGGAAUUCGUGGAAGCGGAAGUGGGUGAAGGAAUUACUUUGAAUGAUGUGGUUAAAGAUCCUGAUUUUGUAGGUUUGGAAAAGUUGUUUCUUCCCCGGAAAGAGAUUCAGAGAGGAGAAGACGGCGAGGUUCAGCUUUCUGUUCAGGCGACUGGUUUCUGUUGCGGCGGCGUUGCUGUCGGAGUAUGUGUUUCUCAUAAGAUUGCUGAUGGCGUAUCCGCUACCACUUUUAUGAAGUAUUGGGCCACGGUUGCAUCUAAUGAACAAAAACUAGGCAUGGACAAUCUUAAUAUUGAUUUGCCCCCAACAUAUGAUGGUCCGAGAAUAUGGCCGAAACAAGCCAUUUCAGCCUCGCGGCCUUUACCCGAUCUAGACAUGGGGACAGGCACGGUGACAAAGCGUUUUGUGUUUGAUGCGACAUCAAUAGCCAAUCUUAGGGCCAAGGCAACAAAAAUCGAUGAACCAAACGUUACAAGAGUAGAGGCUAUAACGGCUCUCAUGUGGAGUUGUCUCAUAUCCUUAUCACCCGAGAGGGAAAAGGUACUUAUGUUUGCGAUAAACUUAAGACAAAGAUUAUCUCCUCCAUUGUCGAAUCAGUCAUUUGGUAACAUUACCAAGUCGGUCUUGAUGCCAAUUGGAAAACCGAGUUUUCUAGGAUCACGUCCGGAACUAUGUCAUCUUGUGGAGUUGUUUAGGGAAUCGGUUACCAAAGUUGAUGAUGGUUAUUCGAGAAAGACACAUAUUUGUCCAAUAAUAAACAUGAUUCUUCAUGAGCCAUUUCUGAAAGUUGUUGAGAGGAUGCAAGAAAAUUUGUAUGAUUUGUAUUUUGUGACUAGUUGGUGUAGGCUCCCCUUCUAUGAGAUUGAUUUUGGAUGGGGAAGGCCAAUUUGGUUUACGAAUCCAUUUCGAUCAAAUUUUCCAAUAAUCCUAUUGACUGAUGAGGCUGAUGGGAUCGGGGUCGAGGUAUUGGUGUGCUUGAGUAAAGAGGAUAUGGCAAAGUUUGAGAAUGAUCCAAUUCUUCUAGCAUUCUCUAAUGCUCGAUAG